AGUGUGCGGACGUGACUGUUCUCUUCAAGAUCGAUUUUUUUCUUUAUCCAAAAUUUGUGUAUGUUUUGUUAGUUAUUGGUGUGAAUUCAACUUCAUUUAUUCGUGUCAUUUAGAACUAAAGCUAAACCAUAAUGAAGCUAAUACCAGAUUCUCAGGCAUUUGAUGCCAUUAACUCGGCACUGAACUUCAAGACCGUUGAUGGUUGCAUCAUCGGCAGGCUGGAGAGCUACUCCUGUAAGCUUGUCAGCCAGGAGAAGGCUCUGUACAAGAAGCUGGAGAGCUACNUCCAGCAUACCCGUUUUAUGAUGGCAUUAUGUCCGUGUUAUGUCCGCAACGCUGGCCCAUGUCUCACCAGAAGCAGCUCGGACAGCAGCACGUCAGCCAAAUGCUCGAGCUCGCUGGCAGAGUCCGACUCUGAGGCUGGGGUAGAAGAAGAUAAGAUUGUACGCAAGACGCUGUUCUACCUCGUGUCUACCCUCAAUGCUUCUUUCUACCCCGACUAUGACUUCAGUAACGCCACCUCCAAGGAGUUCUCCAAGGAACAUUCUCUUCAGGGCGUGAUGCGGUCUGUGGAGCGUCAGCUACAGGCGCACUCAGAGCUGACGUCGGUGUGCGACAAGCUGUGGUCAGCCAUCGACGAGGCUGUCAGCCUCGCUGGCUGCGAGAUCUACACUUACAACCCUGACGAGAACUCGGACCCGUACUCCGACGACGUGCUGUGGUCGUUCAACUACUUCUUCUACAACGCACGUCUCAAGCGCAUAGUCUUCUUGACCUGCAGACGCAUCACCAGCCUCCUCAACACCUCCAGCUCUGCAGACUACGGCUUAGACUCCGACGUAGACUUCGACGAUUAGAUCUCUGCAGACCGUUGCCUGGACUCUGCAGACCAUUGCUUGGACUCUGCAGACUAUGGCCUCGAAACCGACGUCGAUUUCGACGAUUAGAUCUCUGCAGACCACUGUUUGGACUCUGGAGACCAUUGCCUGGACUCUGCAGACCGCUGCUUUGGACUCUGCAGACCAGUGCUUGUACUCUGCAGGCCGUUGCUUGGACUCUGCAGACCGCUAUAUUGGACUCUGCAGACCAGUGCUUGGACUCUGCAGACCGUUGCUUGGACUCUGCAGACCAGUGCUUGUACUCUGCAGACCGUUGCUUGGAC